UUUCGAUUUUCAGAAAAGUCGCACAGAAGAACGCGUGGAGAGGGAGACGAGGCAACUUCAUCUCUCUCUCUCUCUCUCUAAUUCCCAUCUUUUCUCUCUUGCAAUUCUUCCGAUCGAUUUCUACUGGUUGUUCCGUUGAUUUCAAACCUCGGAAUGGAUCAGAUUAUGAACAAAGUUGGUUCUUAUUGGUUCAAUCAGAAGGCCAGUAAGGAGAUCGGCUCCAUCGGCGAUGACAUUAAUUCAUUGUCAACGAGUAUUCAAGGAGGAACUAGCUGGUUGGUUAAUAAAAUAAAAGGAAAAAUGCAAAAACCUUUGCCAGACCUGCUGAAGGAUUAUGAUUUGGCAGUGGGAAUUUUCCCUCGUGACGCAACCAACUAUGAGUUCAAUGAGGAGACAGGAAAGCUUACCGUCUUCAUCCCAGAAAUCUGUGAAGUUGGGUAUAAAGACUCAUCAGUCUUGCGAUUUAACAACACUGUGACUGGAUAUCUGGAAAAGGGAAAGCUAGCAGAUAUAGAAGGAAUGAAAACAAAGGUGAUGAUAUGGGUAAAAGUAACUUGUAUUACUUCCGAUGGACCAAAGCUCAACUUCACUGCUGGAAUGAAGAAAACCAGGAAAAGAGAAGCGUAUGAAGUCCUUAGAGAUGGUGUAAAUGUCGAAAAGUUCUAAAAUAUGGGGAUUCUUUUUUGGUUGGGUCUUUAUAUACUUAUAAAGCUUAAAUCACCAUUAGAUUCUUGUUCUUGAAUGUGUUAUUAUGAUCUUUCCCAACCGUAUAUCACAGUUACGUGCUAUUUUAAUGUCCAGCAGAGCAUAUGGAGUGCUGUUUCUAGUAGAAUGAUCUAUAAGAGGACUCGACAGAUUUGCAUUCUGUAUCCUUAACUCGUAACUGUAAAUUUAUUUUAUUGGAUAACAUGAUUUGAUAUCGGAAUACAA